AUGAACGGGUUGCCUACGGUAGUGCCGGUGAGCACUACCAGUGGCGGUGUUUCUCCUGCUGCCACAACUCCGUGCGUGAGGGUGAAGACGACGUUCGAGACGCUACAUUCGUUCUCAGAUCUUCGUAAGGCGCUGAAUACGCUGUAUGGCGGCGGUGUAGAUGGCUCUCAGAGUGUCUCGCGGAGGAACAUAUUGGGUUUUGGUGCAUCCACCAGCAACCGUGACGCUGUGGGUGCUGGCAAGCGACUGCUGUGUGUGUGGGAUGUGGACGACACACUUGUCAGCUCCGGCACCCCUGGCGUGCGCCAGUGCCCUGUGUUCGACGAGAGCGAGCUUGCGGGCCUUUUUAGAGGCAUCUGCGCACGGCACCUGUUUCUGUCGCAGGGAAGCAUUGAUGACGUUAUGGAUCCCGGUGGCGGUGGAAAGCUGCAGUAUCUCGUGCCCUUUUUUCGCCAGGAUGGUGCCACCAAUGAGUACGCCGUCCCUUCCAAGGCACGUGCGGGCUGCUGCUGGAGUAGCGCUCUGCCGGACAGGAGUCGAACAGGGGCGCGGUGCGCGGCGGAGAGAGACGCGGCAGUGGUAGUUGUCCGCAUCGCCACGCUGCGUGCCCCGUUAGAGAAGCCUGGUGACUCGCGCAUGUUCCUCAGCGAAGACGUGGAACCGCCCCGGUGUCCAAGCGACGUGCGCUGGCUGGUGAUGCGGCCGUCGCUCUGGGGCAUCUCGCUCGCGAGUUUGUCGAACUUUAUCGCACCGUCGUCUCAUACCGCCUUCCUCGACGGAUCCGUCUUCCACAAGAUGGACGUGGUGCGGUCGCUGGCGGCGAGUGGGCAUUGGGAUGCGGUCUUCUUCAUCGACAACGACCUCACGGAGGUUGGCGUGGUGCGGCAGGGCUUGGACAUUGACGACUUCAACCGCAUGAAGAACGUGGACAGAUUGCCGCGCUUCUUUUUGGCGGAUCUGCUGCUUCUGGAAGUUUCUACUAUGCUGGCGGAGAGGGAGAGGGGGCGGCACGACGCCAUGCGGAAAACUAACGGCACGUGUGUGGAGCAGUCGCUGAGUGACAGCAAGGAGCGCUUGAAGGAGUGUUGCAACAAUAUCGUCAGCUGUGAAAGACUCGAGGCGGAUGAAUUGCCCUCAAUGAACGGUUACGGUGACGCGACGACCUCACCGGAUCCACGUGGGGAGGAGGAGCGUGUGGUAGAACUGUUUGUAGCGCAUCUUCACCUAGACCAGGCGAAGUACCGACGCAUUACGAAGGUCAAGCAUAACGGUGUCGCGCAUAACGAGAAGGAGCUUUGGCACCCGACACUGAGAACAGGGCCAGUGUGCACAGAUGAUGACUAUGAAGAAAUGGUUGCUGAGUUUAACGUGAUUAGGGGGAAGCUAUUGCAGGACCUCGCUAAGUCCACAGUGGACUUGACGCCAGUUCCCGGCUGGGAGCCUAGCAUCAACGCUGUGUGCUACCCAAUGUACGAGCGCCCGCAGCGCCCCCCAACCUUGCGCCACCAGUACUACGACGUCUGCCACCAAAUCACGACGAACCUUGUCGAGCCGCUGACUUCGAGGUCUGCGGUGUCGCAGGAGUACGAGCUGAAGAAAGAGGCGAGGAAUCUCUUCAGGCGGCUCAUCCGUCGGCAGCCGGUGAUUGACCCACUGUGCAUUGUGGAGGUCGCGAGCACAUUAUUCACAGCCUAUACAGCUGAGCGGCGUCUGCCCAGAGGCAUCGCAGAGAUGCUGAGGAAGAACAUAACGGCCCUUGCAGGAUCAUAG